AUGGUCACCGCUACAAAGGCUCCAGUCUUCUUCAUCAGCCAUGGAGGACCGCCCAGUAGCACUGGCGUAGAUGGGGGAAACAAGUGCGGGAACUUCACCAGCAAGGCGUCGUUCGAGGGCUUGUCUUCGUCAGUGCUCAUUGGCAAGCCGAAGAUCUCGACCAAGGUGUAUAUGGUAGGUCCUCAGCCACAGCAGAGUCUAUCUCAGGUGCACGCCCUGAACGUCGACGAGCGAAACCCUCUCGUCUACGACUUCUACGGAUUUCCGGAUCAUUUCUACAAGCAAAAGGUGGAAUCUUCCAACCCCUCCAACGUCUCCGCACUCGUACUCGAGCAUCUGCGUCAAAGUGGCGUUCAGGCGCUUCCCGUGAAGCGCGGCAUUGACCACGGCGUAUGGUGUCCUCUCAAAGUUGCAUUUCAGAAACCAUUGCUCGAGGACCUGCCGUCGGACAACGCCGAAUCGCAACCAGCGUCGAUCAACGAUCCCUCCCAGCUGCCUCCCGCCCUGUCUCUGACUCAGCUCUCCUUGCCUGCCUCAGAUGCCUCUCUGGACUCCUUGAAGCUCGGUGCUGCACUCCGCAGGCUUCGCGAUCAGGGCUUCGCCAUCGUGGGCGGCGGUAUGUCCGUGCACAACCUGCGCGAGGCCAUGAAGGCUUUUGCCCUGGUCGGAAGGGGCUUCGGCGCCCUGCAGCCCACUCCCUACUCUUCCAGCUUCCUGAGCGCGCUCACGGAGGCUAUGACGGCUCCACCUGCAUCGCGAGACGAGGACAAGUGGGCCAAGGCCAUCAAUCUCGACAAGAGACAGGACUUCCUGCCAUCGCAUCCCACUCCGGAACACUUCCUGCCCGCGCUCGUGGCACUGGGAGCUGCACACUCCGACGAGCAAGGCACCGAAACCUUUGCACUCGACGAAGGCCCCAUGGGUUGGAACAUGUACAGGUGGGGAUGA